GUUACUUUGUUUCAUGCGAGCGUUACACUUGUGUAAAUAAUAACCUUAACUGUAGAAGCUGUAUGUGAGGAACAUAGAUUGUGUUUUACGUGUAUUUUAUUUUUUAUUUAACGAUUUGCAGAGAAGUUUGGAAAGGAUCAAGUUAUUUGUCGAAGGAUAUGACGAAAUUAAUUAUUAAGCCUGAUUAUCACAUGGGACAUAUAUUACUGGAGUCGAUGAGACGACAUUCGGACUGUAUAUGCCAGUUAGAUGGAGCAACGGGAGAGGAAGAAUCAUUUGCAUCAGUAGCAAGUCGUUCUGUGAAGUUAGCAAAAUAUAUGCGCAGGUGUGGGCUCUUACCAGGAGACGUACUGGCUUUAGGAGGAAAAAAUCAUUUAGACUUGAUGAUACCUUUCAUGAGCGCGCUAUUUAACGGGCUACCUAUCCUUGGAGUCGAUCCUAAUUUUAAAUACAGUGAAAUUAAGAGAUUGUUUCAAAUAACUUCUCCGAAAAUAUCAUUUUGUGAUGAGGACUCUUACGACAUUUAUGCAAAAGUAUCACAGGACCUGGGCCUUGACAUAAGGAUAAUAACAUUUGGCAGCACCAAUAGUCUGCUAUCUCAGUUGAUUAAUGACUACGACGACCAUGAACCAGAAGAAAACUUUCAAGUUUCAGUAAUAGAUGUGGACACAAUUUCUCCAUUUCUAAUUAGCACCAGUGGUACAGUCACUGACAAAAUGAAGGUAGCGGCAUUCAAACAUCAGACAGUCUUCGAUAAAUUGCUUGACUUCUCAAAUUAUAAAAAAAUCGAUAUAAAAAAUUACAAACUACUUCAUGUAUCUCCUAUAAACUGGGUGUCAGGGUUCGGCUUAGUUCUCGGCAUGCCAGCAUUAGGAGUUUGCAUACUGCAAACAUCCGUACCUGAUAAUAUAGAUAUAAUUAUUGAAAUGAUCAACAAAUAUAAGCCAAAUAAUUGUUUCAUAAAUCCUACAAUAGUGUCAGCACUUCUACGACGAAAAGAUGAAGUCGAUUUAAGCUGUUUUAUUACAGUUAUCUGUUCUGGAUCAAAACUGCAUCCUGACAAAUUAAUUGAACUUCGGAGUUGUUUACAAGAAGGUACUGCUAUAACUGACGCGUACGGACAAACAGAGUGUCUGGGUGCAGUUGCGAUGCCAGUACAGGGAACCCCCGUACCACUGGGCAGCUGUGGUAAAUGCCUUCCUGUUUAUACUAUAAAGCUUAUUGAUCCGGACACUGGAAAAGAAAUAAAAGAAGCAUCUGUUACUGGUGAGAUGUGUGUGAAGGGACCUAUGUUUGUGGGAUACGUGAAUGAUCCUGAAGAAACAGCAAAGUCGUUCACACCGGAUGGAUAUUUUAAAACUGGGGAUCUGUUCUACAGAGAUGUCAAUGAAUUCCUCUAUUAUGUGGAUAGAGUUAAAACUGUUUUAAAGUACCGAAUUUAUCAAAUAUUACCAUCUGAGAUUGAAGACUUAAUCCGAACAAACGACGCUGUCCAAGACGUGUGUGUACUUGGUGUUGAGGAUCCUGAUGAUGGCGAGCAUCCAGUUGCUUGUAUAAUCAAGAAAGGCAAUAGGCAAGUCACUUCCAAGGAAAUAAAAGAUCUUGUUGCCGCGAAACUAUCGAAAAAUAAGCAGCUGCGUGGAGGUGUUUUGUUUCUUGACGAACUCCCAACUACUUCUACUGGAAAAGUGAAUCGAAGGAAACUUCAAGAAAUCGUGCUGAAUGCUAAAAGAGAGUAAAUAUUUACAGAGCAAUCAAUAUUUUGUUUGAACGAAUGUACUCGUAGAUUAAAUGAUGAUUUAAAAAAAUA